UUGGGACCUACGCGGGUGGCGUAGUGGAAGAUAAGAGUUAGGCAAAUGCGUAAAGAUAAUAAUGUAUAGCUAGAUCUGUCCCUCACGAAGCGUAUGGAAAUAACGCGAGGGACAUAAACAGAUAAGAGCGCAUUUGAAAUGCCAGCGGGAAGAAAUUAGUUAUUUUCUCUCCUUAUCUGUAUAGCUUCUGAGAACAAAUAAUUUAUUGCGGUGGCGUACAGAUAAGAAAAGGGAAAGGAAAAUUCCCACGUUGGCAGUUGAGAAUAGGAACCGCAUAGAUAAGCGGAUAGAAUAUAGGCUAGCAAAUAGGAGACAGAUAACCAGACGCAGUCUCGGUUAUCUGAAAGAAUAGGAAAGGGAGAUCUUUCUUCCUUCUCUUAGAAUUUAGCUAGGCUAAAUUCUAAUGAAUAAAGUUAGUUCAAUUUGUGCCCUGAAAUAAAGUAGUCGCGUCAAUUUGUACAGUUAACACGGUUAGUGAAUCAUCUUUUCUGAAUAUUUGUCGGACUCCAGUGUGAAUUCAUCUGAAAUAAAGAGUGAUUCGGAAAUAAUACUACUAGCGUAGUUUAUGAGCGUUAUCUAUGUGAUUGUAUUUUCAAUCGUAGUUGAAAGUGCAGAGAAGAUCCAAUCAGAAUCAUUGGCUCAGUGGAAAAGAAAGAUAAUCGCAAUAAAAAAUAAGUGCAAGAUCCUUUUCGCCGUAACGUGAAACACUAGGUGAGCGAAUAGUGCGGAGUGGACUAUACAUACUUAUUCGAAGUGCAAUUUGAUUCUAAUCAUAAACUGUGUUGACACAAUCGCGGAUCAAAAGUGCUAAAAAGCACAACCAUAGAAGCGCUGACGGGACCGUUGUGAGUCAUUGAGGUAAGUGACUCACUCUCUCUUUUUUUUAUUAACAGGUGCGUGAUAGAAGACUUGCUUGAAGCAAGCAUCUAGGGAAUUCAUAUUCCCUAGAUUACAUUUUGGUGGCUCCAGAGAGGAAGCCUUGAAACUCACGAACUUCGCGGAAAAUCUCACGCACCUGUAGGAGAACCAAUUGAACUCCUGUUUAAAUUGAUUUGCGCCCGUCAUAAGUACGGAGGAAGUUCGGUCUAGAAAGACGAACAAUAAAAGCCAAGAGGCUAAUUGCGCAUUUCAAAUAAAACAGUAAUUUGUCCUGAAAGACGGACAUCUGUGGAAUAAAAGUAAUUUGUCCUGCAAGACGGACACAUCGCCAGUCAGGCAUAGUUGGACGAAGGCAACAGGCGCCUCGUCAACAUCAAGUGCAACCCGGUCACGAGGCCCGGCAAGCAAAUAUUUAAAACAAUCGGAUUCCGAGAGGCGGAUCCAAAAUAACAAAAUAAUUAAAGGCAUCGCCGGAGUGCGAUAAAAAUAAGAAGGUGUCCAGUAACGGCACAAGGAACUGCCUAAGAGCAGUAACGGAACCAUUCGUGUUCAAAUUGAAGUUCGUCUUAAAGAAAAAUCGUCCGAAAACGGUACUGGUUUUGUCAGGGGACAGAACUAAGAGCUCAUACGGUUGAGGAAAAUAUUCAAGAUAGGAAAAGAAAUCAACAAACUUAAAAAUGGCCUCUAGCUUUGAAAUUGAAACACUUUCAUCCAACAUAAUAGCCCGAACCUCCAUCGAACUCUAUAGUAUUUUAGAACGAGAAUGUCAUGCCAAGAAACGUGCAGUGUUUGCUCGAUGGGAACUCUACGACAAAGAGUAUCAGGCAAGGAAAGACAGAGGAUGGACGGCUGAGGAUGAUAAGUGGAAAGUGGAAAUAGAGGUACAAGAUAAUCAAAUACUGGACGAACUGGAGGAACGACAAUCCAGAUACAGAAUGAAAAUGAACGAAAUAGCAGCGGCACAUGGAAUUCAACUUCCACAGAUUAGGAUGUAUGCGGUGAAGAAACCACCAGAGUCCGCCGAAGAUAUAAAAUCUGCAAACAUUGAAACAAAUAAAAAUGUUGAGUGCGGGACAGAGGAAGCUCUGAGUAAAUCGGUCACAGAUGGAAGAAUUGUGGCAAAUAUGAAAGAGUCGUUUCAGAUAAACGACGCCAUUCCAAUAGAAAAGGUUGUCAGUAAGGCUAAAGGCAGGUCCACUAAAGUAAGGGUUGCGAGGUCAAAACAAAAGCAAUCUACCGACGAAAUUCUAGAAAAGGUACCACAACUAAAGACUCCCGAAUCAAACACGAUAUCCGUUGCAGUACAAGUCGAUGAACAAAUAAUUGAGUCAAUGAGAAAAGAAUCGACUUUUGUGAUUAAUGAAAAUAAAAUCAGAUCAGAAAGCCCAACGCGUAGAAGAAGACGCAAUAAAAAGAUUAUAACAAAGGACGUCUCAUCACCUUGGUUUAACCCAUCUAAACUAAUAAAAUUGAUGAUGAUGUUGGUAAUGUCGUUUUCCUUAAUCAACGCCAUGUCGAUAAAACCCAUAGGCAGUGGCGGAAAAUUGAUCAACCAACCAGGAACGUGCUUACUGUAUAAUAGCACAUGGCAAUCAUAUAAACAAAUAAACCCAAUUCACAUUGAUCAUUAUAGCGAGAUUAACCGGAAUCUGUUGUAUGAAGAAAAUAUAUGCACCUUUGAAAAUUUGUGUUCUGAUAGUGGUGAUCAGGAAGAUGGUGACAAGCGCAAUGAAAAUUGGAUUAAAUUUUAUACCCUUCGUAACAAGUAUCAUUUUCAAAGGUCGGUGAAUCAAUUGAAUUUUGUGGCAGAUGGUGACGAGGUGCAGGAAUUCGAUAAGGACAGCAUUCAUCGAACGAGGGAUCUGGUUGGAAGCUAUUGUUCACUGAAAAAUUAUAAGCUAAAACUGAAUCAGAAGUUUGUGGAUAUUUUACUGGAAAAUCUGAAUGCUAAGUUGCAUAAUUAUUUGUCCGAGUUUGAUGUCUAUCUGGAUGAAAUGAAUGGGCUCAAUGAAUGUGAUGAUAAAUUGGAAGAAGACUCAGUUGUUGAAAUUAAUGAGGUAGAAAACAUCAAAAUGGAGACAGAGCAGAAUUAUGGAGAAGAUCAUAGUAUCGCGUUAUAUCGAUAUAAAGUAUUUUGCAACCGGUCACAGAAACAGUGGGUGCAAUUUCUCAACACAUUUAACAAGGAUGGUCUCACGAGAGGGACAUGGGUGAGAUUAUAGUUAACACCCUUGGACGAAAAUGGAAAAUAUAAGUUAAAAUUUAUGGUAAAUAACAACGUAGAUUGACUCAGAUGAAAAAUGAAUAAGGCUGAAACAAACUAGCUCAUCCUUUAAGAUUAAGGAUACAGUUGCCGAAACGCCCACACAGGAAAUGAGGGCCGGCGUACGAAAAUGAAGUUCCCACCAUGGAACCGAGGGAUUUGGGACCACCCAAAUCAUAUUUGCACAGAGGACACUGCACUCUGAUAAGAAAAUAUAAAGAAUUUGAAUCCUGCUGAAGAAAACUACAAUGUUACACGAAAAUUGAUUGAAUACCGGAAAAUUCACACUGAAAAUAAUAGGCGGCUGUUUUAUGGAAAAACGAAAUUGACAGCUGAACGAAAAUUGUUGCAAAGGAGAAAUUUGCAAUCGUAGUACUGGAAGGAACAAUAAUGCUGCAGACCGGCAAAAUGAAGCGCUAGGAUAACGCAAACCAAGAUGAUGUGCAUGCGGAUUCUGAUGAUGUGCAUGCUGAUCCAAUUGAUGUGCAUGCUGUCUUGGAAAUGUGGAUGAGUUCCACCAUCGACUUUGUCAGUAUCAUCGAUGGCACAUCAAGGAAGAAACUCCUACUGGCACCAUGGUAUACUGAUGUAACCUCGCGCCAGAGGCGAAGAACCCAAGAUCCAGCCUCUGAUCUGGAAGUAGACGUCGAUGCUCGCUGCCAGAGCAUCAUAUCCGAACGUAGCAGACCAUGAUGUCAAUGCUCGCUACCAGAGCACCAAUAUCCGAAAGUAGCAGCCGAUAGAUGUAACCUCGCACCGAGGCGAGGUACCCAAGAUGAAGGACCAAGCAUUGAGGAGGACAAGCUGCAUCAUGUCCGAAAGAGGCAGCCAAAUAGAUGUAAGCUCGCUCCAGAGCCCAAGGUAACCAGAUGAACCAAGGACCAACCAAUUGAAGAGGAACACCGGAUGAAAAAGGGUAUUAUGCCGAAGAAUUCAAAGUGAUUAUAAACUCUGUUAGAAAUAAGGACUAAAUGUAAAAUAAAUGGAAAACUCCGAAACAAUGUAACAAACCUAUACAUAAGACAUAGAAGAAGAAGUCCGUUCAGAAUUUUAAUAAAUCAAGCAAGUAGAUUUAUGAGGGCCGGAAUGUUACGGACCCAGAUUAGAUGGCGAGGUUCGAAGCGCAAUCAGGCGCAAUGAUAUGACGCUGAACGCAUGUGUUCAAGCGUUCGCCCUUAUCGCAUGGAAUAUGCGAAGAGCCAGGAAAGGAAAGGGCGUGUAAGCCGAAAUAUUUAUUUGGGACCUACGCGGGUGGCGUAGUGGAAGAUAAGAGUUAGGCAAAUGCGUAAAGAUAAUAAUGUAUAGCUAGAUCUGUCCCUCACGAAGCGUAUGGAAAUAACGCGAGGGACAUAAACAGAUAAGAGCGCAUUUGAAAUGCCAGCGGGAAGAAAUUAGUUAUUUUCUCUCCUUAUCUGUAUAGCUUCUGAGAACAAAUAAUUUAUUGCGGUGGCGUACAGAUAAGAAAAGGGAAAGGAAAAUUCCCACGUUGGCAGUUGAGAAUAGGAACCGCAUAGAUAAGCGGAUAGAAUAUAGGCUAGCAAAUAGGAGACAGAUAACCAGACGCAGUCUCGGUUAUCUGAAAGAAUAGGAAAGGGAGAUCUUUCUUCCUUCUCUUAGAAUUUAGCUAGGCUAAAUUCUAAUGAAUAAAGUUAGUUCAAUUUGUGCCCUGAAAUAAAGUAGUCGCGUCAAUUUGUACAGUUAACACGGUUAGUGAAUCAUCUUUUCUGAAUAUUUGUCGGACUCCAGUGUGAAUUCAUCUGAAAUAAAGAGUGAUUCGGAAAUAAUACUACUAGCGUAGUUUAUGAGCGUUAUCUAUGUGAUUGUAUUUUCAAUCGUAGUUGAAAGUGCAGAGAAGAUCCAAUCAGAAUCAUUGGCUCAGUGGAAAAGAAAGAUAAUCGCAAUAAAAAAUAAGUGCAAGAUCCUUUUCGCCGUAACGUGAAACACUAGGUGAGCGAAUAGUGCGGAGUGGACUAUACAUACUUAUUCGAAGUGCAAUUUGAUUCUAAUCAUAAACUGUGUUGACACAAUCGCGGAUCAAAAGUGCUAAAAAGCACAACCAUAGAAGCGCUGACGGGACCGUUGUGAGUCAUUGAGCCCCUAACUUAUGAGGAGAAUUGUCAGCAGAUAGCGAUGAGAGCAACAAAUCAAAAUAUCGUAUUGUUAUCAUUCGAUAAAAGCGUGAAUUCCAAUCUUAUGAGACAAAAUCAGCUAAAAUUUAGAUUCAAUUUGGAAACCAAUAGAGAAUGUAUGAACUAAAAAUGAGACUAAUUGUGACCAAGUAAAGUGACCAAGUAGAGUGGAAGAUGGUAUCCAAACAACACUAAACAUUGACUACAGUUUCGCCGGCACGGUUGAUUGUCGUUAUGAACCAGCACAAAAAACAAAGCUGCAAAUUAUGCGCCAGUGGCGGUACCACGAUCAAAGCACUCCCUGAAUCACAUUAGCCGAGCCAGCUGGCGGAAGCAUAUGCAUAAAGGUUACUAGGUUACUAUUUUCAACGACAACUGUUUAUUUAUUAUACUGCUUCAAAUACCUUCGACGAAAUCAAAUGUAACCAUACCAACUAACUUUCAACUCUUUUGGCUGGUUCGUCACUUUAACUUCAACUAAUUGGAAGAAUAUCGAGAGUUAGAAUUAAACUCGUGACCUUGAGUGUGAGGUGUAUGGACGUCACCACUACGCCAGAUCGCCUCCGAGAAAACAAUUCAUAUGUUCACCUCGUACUUAUAUUUGUUACGGAGACUAAAUCUUUCGUUGCAACUCAUAUGUUCCGACUGAAAUCGAGAGCGACAUUGAAGAGGUGAGCAUCUUUGGAAGAAGGGGUCAAUUUAUAAGACCUCCCCGGUGUUGAACCAAUCUCCAGCACCAAAUCCGGGUAGCCACAAUAUGAAAAAUCGAAACUGAGUGAAGCCAAGAGAGCAUGCGAUGGACUUACGAGUACAUCAAGCCUCGCAGUAACGUUCAUGCCGAGAUAAGAAAUCUCACGAUAAAAAUCAAAACUGCGAUUGCUGCUGCUGAUUGUGAAUAGCAAACCUGAAGAGCAAAAAAGGCGGAAAACUCGCUCAAAGAGGCUAGAGAUGAUCAAAGGAAGAUCAAAGGAAGUAGUUUCCACCCCCUUGAGAGAUUCCACUUCAUUAACCGGAAAAAAGGAGAAGGCAAACUCCUGAGGAAAAAAGACUAGCAGAAAAACAGAAAGAUUUCAACGAAGGCACUAGAGGGAAAAGUAGUGAAAACAACUAAGAUCCUAACAGUUUGCAAAAAGUUAAGAGAAAAACAAAAGGAGAUAAAACGAAAGAGAGACCGAAAGUCCGGAAAAUGAGACUGAAACCAAACGCACUAACGCUUUUUGAUUUAAAAAGAGACCCGACGGUUAAGAGCUCAGCAUAUAAAGAGCUGAUAGAGAAAUCGUUAGAGGAAACGACUACGCACUAUCACAAGAAAUCGAAUGCAGUAAUCUGGACGAGAUCACGACAGAAGACGAGCUGAGAGAAGCCCUGAAUGAUCAGUUCGAGUUGGAAGAUAAUUUCUUUUCAGUACGUUUGAGAAAGGCCUUUGGAGGUACGCAAAUAGCUACGAUAAAACUGCCGAAAACGUAGUAAACAAGAGGUUGGUAAGAUUGAGAAGGGUGUACAAUAUGUCCUUUUAGAGUUACUCAACAAAACGUAAGAUGCUUUAAGUGCAUGUGUUUCGGGCACUAUGCGGGAAAAUUCAAUGGCCCUGAAUCACUGUGACGCGGCACAAUAAUUGCUCUACAAGGCGAUAGUAGAAACGAGUGCGACCUAGCAAUCAUUGCCGAGCCGAUUAGAGUGCCCUCUAAUAACAGAAAUUGGUUGACUGAUAAGGCGGGAUUGUCCGCUAUAAUUGUGUGCAGCUGCAUCCACCACCAAGGUGGACGAUAGAACAGUUUGACCUGAUGCCCGAUAAGUUAACCGAAGAGCUCAUUGGUCGGAAGCCCCUCGUCAUAGACGGAGACAUCAACGCUUGGGCAGUAGAGUUGGGGAGUAGACUCACUAAUGGAGAGGAUUCAAUCUAAUGGAUGCUCUUGCAAAACUAGAAGUGAAACUAACCAAUGAAGGUACCACCAGCACAUUCCUCAGAAACGGUCGAGAAUCUAUUAUCGACGUCACCUUCUGUAGCCCGACGCUUGCAGUGAACAUCUGUGAACAUGAACUGGAGGGUGUGCGACGACUACACCCACAGUGAUCAUCAAGCUAUUCGAUACACUCUUGGCAACAAAACACCAUCAUCAAAUCGAGGGCCAAACCCAAAUGAACGGAGAUGGAAUAUUAGGACUUUCGACAAAGCACUCCGAACACGAACUCCACCGGGAAUGAAUGCAAGUGAACUGACAGAUGUUGCAACGGUUUGUGAGUCCGAUUAUAGUAAAAAAGUCAUUUGGCAUACUACGACUUCGAGCUACUACUUACAGGAACUCUCGGUCAUUUCGUUCGCGAAGCGGUCGGAAAGUGGAACGAUUUUUCAAAGUGCGUGGAAGUACAAAAGUUUUUGAGUCAUAAUUAUUGUUCGAUUACAUUUCCGGUUUCGAGGAAGAAAGGCUGUUGGAGCAUGAUUAAAACAGCCAUAAACAGCGUAGCGGAGAACAUCCUAGAACACGUGAAACGAGGACGAGCGGUUCGAUGAUGAGUGUUAGCAAGUGCUACACGAGAAGAACGCUGUGCGGAAGCUAAAGCUGCGUCAAGCUACUCGUCAGAACGUAGAACGAUAUAGAUAGAAGCGGAGACAGCAAACCCAACAUUUCAGGGAAAAAAGGAGGAGUGCGAAGAACACGAAUAGCUGCGCCAUUCUCAUGAAACGCGAAAGUUCUACCAGAAACUCAAUGUAUCCCGAAAACGCUUCGUGCCACGGGCAGGUAUGUGUCGAAACAAGGAUGGGAGAACUGACGAACGAACAUCUUUCAACCUCCAAAUGAAGUUAUUGACAUACUACUUUGUUCAACUGACAAAGAGGUACAAACGCUCCAAACUUUGCACAUCAAACCUAACGAUCCCGUUUCAAAAAUUUCAAACUCAUACCCCAGUACAGAUUCAAAUAUGAUGUGAUGCCAAAUUACAGAAACACUCUUCACCUGACGGUACGCAAAUCGACGUGGUGCCCCCACCGAAUAAGCAUUGAAAAAGACUGCAGUCUGAUAACUGGAGCGAGAGGACUUAAAUUAUGAUGAUGUUUUGAAUUAUAGAGGCUUUAAAAAUAAUCAGUUCAUUAGCAUCUAAACUUGAAUAGAAAACUAUUUGGAAAAUUUGGAAAUUUGUUUACACUCGGCCUUGAGAAAGGUCAUUUCGAAAGUCUUGCUGUCGUCUGGUCGCUAGUUAGAUGACUGAUGAAUUGUGAAUAGGUUGCGGGUCUCUGCCGUAUGCCGGGUACAAUUGAUUGAUGUGACAUAUCGAUUUGUUCUAGUUUAAUUAGAGUUUAUCGAAAUCGGUGAAAUGUGUGAAAAUGUAAAGCUUGAUUUUAUAGUGGUGAAGUUUUUGGUGAUUUUCCUCGCAAGUGGAGUGUUUUGAUUAGAAAGUGAGAACGGUUAUUUUCUGCACUCGAUGCUCUAUUUAUGAGAGAGAAGGGGGACCACGAACGCAUUCGCAUUCAGUUUUUGUGAAAAUGAAUUAGAUUUACGGAUUAAGUUUGAAAAAUAAGUGAAAAUAUAGUGUU